AACCACUCCGCCAGAGGGCGGGCGAGCGAGCACGUAAGACUGCCGCACGUCAUUUAUUUCUGUUGAGACGUGAAAAAUUUGUUUUCGCUGUAUUUUAAUUAUUGAACAUUUCUAUAGAAUCGCAACGAAAUUUAUUUCCUUUCUCUAUAUUUUCAACUGAUAAUCAAUACGAAGAGUUUAGUUAAAUUUAUUUAUUUCGUUUAAACGUAGAAGUUGGAUGAAAGUAGUGUUUAUAUAAGAAUUAAAACGCUCACGCUUCGAAGUUGAAAUUCGGAAAAUCAACGAAGCGAGAAGGGAUCAAAACCAUUCAUAACUGCGGGCUCCACUCUUCUACAAAAGCGGUAAAAGAUUAAAUCAUGUCUUCUGAAAAUAUUCCUAAGAAAAGGAUUUGUGUUGUUGUUCUUGGUGAUUUUGGAAGAAGCCCAAGAAUGCAGUUUCAUGCACUUUCAUUGGCUGAUAAUAAUUUCAUUGUUGAUGUUGUAUGUUACAGAGAUUCUAUUCCUUAUGAACAAGUAAUGAAUAAUUCAAAUAUUCAUCAGCACAUCCUUAAAGAACCUCCAGAGUUUGGACAAUGCAUUCCACAGUUUUUUGUAUAUAUACUGAAAGUUUUAUGGCAGUUUCUUGUACUUUUGAAUAUGCUAAUUUCAUUACCAAAACCAUCAUGUGUUUUUAUUCAGAAUCCUCCAUCAAUACCAACCUUACCAGUAGUUUGGCUUUAUUGUUGCUUUUUCGAAAUAAAAUGGAUUAUUGAUUGGCAUAAUUAUGGACAUACUAUAUUGAGAUUAAAACAUGGACCUAAUCAUAUAUUAGUAAAAAUUUAUCUUUGGGCUGAAUUUUAUUUUGGAAGAAAAGCCACAUACAAUUUUUGUGUUACUGAAGCUAUGAAAAAUGAUUUGCUUCAGAACUGGAAUAUAAUAGCUGAAGUAUUGUAUGAUAGACCAGCUCCAAUGUUUCAACCAACCAAUUUACAAGACAAACAUUCCUUACUGCUCAAACUAGAGAAUGACUAUCCUAUCUUAAAAUCAUGGGGAAUUGCUACAACAAAUGAACAAACUAAUUUUACAGAAAUUAUUGAUGGAACUGUGAAUGAAAAAUCUAAUAGGCCAGCACUUAUUGUCAGUAGUACAAGUUGGACAGAAGAUGAAGAUUUUGGUAUUCUUCUAGAAGCACUACAAGAAUAUGAGACUGCUGCAGUUAAAAGUAACAGUUUACCAAACAUUGUGUGUAUUGUGACAGGCAAGGGUCCUCUUCAAUUUCAAUUUUUAAGUCUAAUUACCAAAAUGAAUUUUCAGCAUAUUGUUAUUAUAACACCAUGGUUGGCAGCUGAGGAUUAUCCAAAAUUGCUAGGAAGUGCAGAUCUGGGUGUGUGUUUACAUAUCUCAUCAAGUGGUUUAGAUCUUCCAAUGAAGAUUGUUGAUAUGUUUGGAUGUGAAUUACCUGUUUGUGCUGUUAGCUAUAAGUGCCUAGAUGAAUUAGUGAAAGUUGGAGAAAAUGGACUAAUGUUCAAAGAUGCCAAAGAAUUAGCUUCUCAACUUCAGGAUUUACUGAAAAAUCCUAGAAAUCAUUCCAGACUGGAAACAUUCCGUGAUAAUCUCCGCCGGAGGGACCAGAGAUGGGAAAGUUGCUGGAACACGACCGCCUUAAAAUUUUUCCAAUAGGAGAAAAUGCAAUAACGAAAGGAUAAUAAAAACCUGCGACUGCAACCUGCACGCCCGGAGGUGCCGCUUCAACAUGGAGUUGUACAAGCUAUCGGGGAGGACCAGUGGAGGCGUGUGUCUGGGGUGCCGACACAAUACCGCGGGCAGGUAUUGUCACUACUGC